UGUCAAUGAGGCACACUGAACAAGUGUGCGAAAUAGCUUCGAAGAAAAUGCUUGCGUCGCGAAGUAAAACACACAGUCAACAGAAACAGCGAACUGCCAUGUGAUGUAGCCUGGCGCUCCUACCCGAUCCAGCAAAUGCAGAUCUGGGCUGAUGUGCUAAUAAAUGUUUGCCAGCAUGCCGCGUGUGUGGUGCAUGCCCGGUCUUUGCGAGGCACUGCAUCUAGAUGACGAUACACGAGGUGAUAACUCCCUCGCAUUCGACCCUGAGUGUUUCUAUGCGAACCCAAAGCUCCAGGACUCCAAGGCUUUUCGGCCCUUCGGUGGAGCUGCGCGACGGACUGUUGGAUACUUCGUCUCCGUAUUGAUCACUCGAUUCGACCUUGCUGUUGACCAGGAAUCUUCUUCCAGCUUUCCACUCUCCGACCUUGCGAAGCCUGCCGCCGGGAUUCCUCUUUCCCAAGCGGGAGAUGAUGUCGAGCUCUUGUUUGGCGAGCGGAGAGAGGAAGGACGAUAAACGCCGCGUUGAAGUCAAGUUGGGGUAGUACAUUAAACGGCUAUGUUACCUUUCCAGGGCAAUUGCCUAGAAGCCGUGGUAUGGGUACUGGGUAUUCGUAUCAGUUUUUUAUUUCGUCCGUGUUGAAUUAAAUUAUCGUGAGUGUAGCGGGCCACCUGAAACACAGCACCUGAGUACUACUGCAACCACACCCGAUAAGAGUUCUAAAUAUUGUGUCGUUCGUGCAUUGCUGCUGCACAUCUGAUUCCGCUCACACGACAUUGCGCAGUCCUCUCGGCCCUGAGCUGUCAUCGCUUCACAGUACUGGAAUCUCUGUAGGCAUGCUCAUAAGCGUAGCAUAGACUAGACUAGCCAUGAUUCCUCGACAGGCGUGCCAUGAUGGGAGUCUGGGUAAGAGAGCGAUGGGGGAAGGCGGGGGUUCAUAUUCCCAGCAUGCUAAGUUUUUGAAGUAUGGUCUGACUUGGGUCAGCUGG